CAGCGCCUGUCAGCCAGGGACCCAGGCAGUGGGCCACAGAGCGCCUGGGCGCGCGCGCAGCAAGCAGCUUGGCCGGGCCGGGGCGGCGAUCGAUGGGGCGCAGCCCAAGCGGCCCGCGGGAGUGAGGGCGCACAGCCGGCCGCCGAGGCUGCGCACCCAAGGCCCGCACGAGCGCGGCCAGCUCGCGGCCCGACGUGGGCGCAGCGCCCCGCGCGCGGGGGAGUCGGCGCGGGCGGGUCGGUUUCCUGUCUGGGUGUCCUAACUCGGGUGCUGGGCUGGAGGCGCCCGGGACGAGCAGAGAGCCAGCACAGUUCCGGUCGCCGCGCACCCGGAGCUGGCCGCCCUUCCCCAAAUCAGACCGUCUUUUUCUCCGUCUCUCAUGUGUCUGCGAGGCUAUGGGGGAAGGUGUUGACUACAAGCAGGAAGGGGUGAGACCCCAUGCCAGAGAGCCGCUCAGCACAGCAUAACCCUGGAUUUGAUGCAUGAUAAAUUGGUCUAAAAUAGCUGGGUGUCUAUCCGACUAAGUCACUGAAGCCAUCCCAGAGGGUCUGCAUCCAGGUGCAUUUGGCAUAGUGUCUGAGCCUAGUUAACCCGGGGAAUCAAAAUGAUGCUCAACUCUUCCACUGAAGAGGGUAUUAAAAGAAUCCAGGAUGACUGUCCCAAAGCUGGAAGGCACAAUUACAUAUUUGUCAUGAUCCCUACUUUAUACAGCAUCAUCUUUGUGAUCGGAAUAUUCGGAAACAGCUUGGUGGUGAUUGUCAUUUACUUUUACAUGAAACUGAAGACCGUGGCCAGUGUUUUUCUUUUGAAUUUAGCACUGGCUGAUUUAUGCUUUUUAAUGACUUUGCCACUAUGGGCUGUCUACACUGCUAUGGAAUACCGCUGGCCCUUCGGCAAUUACCUAUGUAAGAUUGCUUCAGCCAGCGUCAGUUUCAACCUCUAUGCCAGUGUGUUUCUACUCACGUGUCUGAGCAUUGAUCGCUACCUGGCUAUUGUUCACCCGAUGAAGUCCCGCCUGCGGCGCACGAUGCUUGUGGCCAAAGUCACCUGCAUCAUUAUUUGGACGCUAGCCGGCUUGGCCAGUUUGCCAACUAUAAUCCACCGCAAUGUAUUUUUCAUCGAGAACACCAAUGUCACAGUUUGUGCUUUCCAUUAUGAAUUCCAAAAUUCAACCCUCCCUAUAGGGCUAGGCCUAACCAAGAAUAUACUGGGUUUCUUGUUUCCUUUCCUGAUCAUUCUUACAAGUUAUACUCUUAUUUGGAAGACCCUAAAGAAGGCUUAUGAAAUUCAAAAGAACAAGCCAAGAAAUGAUGAUAUUUUCAAGAUAAUUAUGGCAAUUGUGCUUUUCUUUUUCUUUUCCUGGGUUCCCCACCAAAUAUUCACUUUUCUGGAUGUAUUGAUUCAGCUGGGCAUCAUACAUGACUGUAAAAUUACAGAUAUUGUUGACACUGCCAUGCCCAUCACGAUUUGCAUAGCUUAUUUUAACAAUUGCCUUAAUCCUCUCUUUUAUGGCUUUCUUGGCAAGAAAUUUAAAAAAUAUUUUCUCCAGCUUCUGAAAUACAUUCCCCCAAAGGCCAAAUCCCACUCAAGCCUAUCAACUAAGAUGAGCACGCUUUCCUACCGCCCCUCAGACAACGGAAGCUCCUCCAAGAAGCCUGCCCCAUGUAUUGAGGUCGAGUGACACCCUGGAAACCUGUCAGUGAAUAACCUCAUGAGAGAAGGAGCAAGAGAAACAUUCCUCUACAACAUGUCAACACCAAACGAGCACGAGCUACUUUUUGGAAUUUAAGAAAAAAACGGAUUAUGUGGACUGAACUGACUUUUCUAAAGCUCUGAACAAAAGCUUUUCUUUUCCUUUGCAACAAAACAAAGCAAAGCCACAUUUUGCAUUCGAUAGAUGAUGGACACUCAAAGGACCAUGUCAGAAACUGUAUGAACAUGUUGGUUUAGAAAAUUUUACUGGCAGAAAUGCCAUCUCCCCAGUCUGCUCUUGUUCUGUUCUUUUUGAUUUCCACAUAAGGUAUUUAGAAUAUGGUAAACUUUUAGAGAAACAACGGGAGAUCAGAGUGUAAGAUUGCUCUGCCCAAUUUCCAAAGGGCAGUAAAGCUUUUGUGCCUAUUCAGCGAUGAGCAACAGUGGCCCGCCCGUAGCUCCUACUACACAUUUUGUAGAAAGGCUUGCUAAGCAGUAGUUGUCAAGUUUCAGAAAUUUAUGAAAUUCAACCAGUGUCUUAUAGAUUCACACUGCCAAGACAUGCCAGCCAAAUGGCUUCUCUGUAUAGUGAUGUUACUGAGUUCAGCUACUUGUCAAGGUGUUACUCUGGUCCCAAGUAGUGGUGUCUUCCUAGUCAUAUUAGUUUUAUUUCAUAUCUGAGAAGUAUAUAUAUUUUGUGGUAAAAAGAUUGUAUAUCAUGAAGUAUGCCUUACUGUUUUAAAACUAUAUACUCUACCUAUAUGUGUGUGUAUAUCUAUAUCUCUGAACUGUUGUUACUUGAUUAAAAUCUGGUAAAGUUAUAUUUACAUUAAAAUAAAAUUUUAUUGUAACGUA